AUGGACAGCACCUUGCUUAAGACGCUGAACAACCCGAACUACGAAAAGCGAAAAAAUGCGGCGCUUGAGAUCGAAAGGCUCAUUCGGGACCAUGUCGUGCAUCAAGAGACUGCCAGGAUGGCAGCAAUCGUCGCGCAGCUUUGUGAUCUCGCUACAUCGACCUUGUCAAAUAAUCGUCUGGGUGGAAUCUUGGGACUCGCAGCCGCCUCGAUCGCACUGGGUAUACAUAUAGCAGGGCACCUCGAUGAGAUGGUUCCACCAAUACUGGCAUGCUUCAACGACCCAGACAGCAAAGUGCGCUAUUACGCUUGCGAGAGCAUGUACAAUGUCGCCAAGGUCGCAAAAGGCGAGAUGCUCAGGUUUUUCAAUGAGCUCUUUGAUGCGCUCAGCAUUCUCGCGGCCGACGUCGAGGUGACCGUCAAGAAUGCGGCAGAACUCGUCGACAGACUUUUUCGCGAUAUCGUCGUCGAAGAGGCCUCUUCUUAUGUCUCCGCACUCGACAGGAGGAGAUCGAUGUCAAGGCAGACUUCAGAGGGUCGAGAAAUCAUUUCGCCGGGCUCAGAUCCCAUUGAUGAUCCGUCACCCUCUCCGUCGGCUCCGGCAGGCGAUAAGAUCGCAUCGCAUUUUGCUGACGCUCAGUUUCCACAGCCGCCAAUGGCGUUCUCCCUUGAACGUUUCGUGCCGCUGCUGAGCGAACGCAUCUACGUCGUCAACCCUCAUUCAAGGAUCUACCUGAUUUCUUGGCUCAGCGUGCUCGAUUCUGUCCCUGGCAUCGAGCUGCUCUCAUACCUGCCCAGCUACUUAGACGGCCUGUUACGCUAUCUCGCAGAUGAGAACUCGGACAUCGUUACCGCUGCUCAGAAUCUGCUUGCCGAAUUUCUUGUCGAGAUCAGAGAGGUAGCAGAGGUUAAGGCGCAUCGCGAUUCACAGAGGAUGCUUCGCCAAGCGCAGCGAAAGGCUGAUUCCGAAGUCAAGCGACAUCGACGUGAGCAAGAAGGGCAGGGUGACGACCUGCAGAACGAUGGAGGCUCAAAACCGGUCGAGGAGACCAAUGAGAUGGACGCCGACGACGAAGGCCACGGCUAUGGUCACUGGGUACCCGGUCAGAACGUCGACGUUGAUCAUGCAGGCAUCGUAGAAAUCCUACUCAGUCAUCUGCCGUACUCAGAUCCAGAGAUUCAGGCCACUUGCUUGACAUGGCUGACAGAGUUCUUACGGCACCUUCACCCGGUUAUGAUCAAAUUCACUCCGCGGUUGUUACCGGUCAUACUAUCUUGCUUGGCACUUGAGCAGCCUCAAUUGCGCAGCCUGGCGUCGCAAGCCAGUCAAGAGCUGAUGCUCAUCAUACAAGAUCUCUCACCGCCACCAAAGGACGUACGAGACGGCAGUAAUGUCACGGCCGACAUGCUCAUCGCAUCGCCUGAUGCUAAGACCCGCACUCGUGUAUCCUCGCCGCCCAACGCGCCUUCGAGCUUGCCCUUUCCAACGACUGAAGUGCGCAAAGAACCCGGUCAGGAUGCACCACGAUCAAGCGAGGACGAACCUGGCCUCAUCAGAGCAGAUGUCGAUCCGGGACAGCAACCCGACCCUUUCGAUUAUCAAGCGACUGUCAGCGCGUUAACGUUGCAAUUUCUGAACGAGUGUGUGGAGACACGUGUCGCUGCACUCAAAUGGCUGUCAAUGCUGCAUGUCAAAGCGCCGCACAAGAUCUUGUCAAUGGGCGAUGGAACCUUUCCCGUCUUGCUGAAGACGCUGUCGGAUGCCUCAGAAGAAGUCGUUCGCGCAGAUCUCCAGCUUCUCGCACAGAUCUCGUCGAAUUCAGAAGAAGGCUACUUCAAGUCAUUCAUGGUCAAUUUGUUAUCAUUAUUCAGCACAGAUAGACGUCUGCUGGAAACAAGGGGCAGUCUUAUCAUUCGUCAGCUUUGCGUCUCCCUCAACACAGAGAAAAUUUAUCGAACGAUGGCCGAGAUUCUGGAAAAGGACGAGGAUAUCGAAUUCGCAAGUAACAUGGUCCAGAAUCUCAAUCUCAUUGUCAUCACAUCGCCUGAAUUGUCCGACUUCCGCAAACGACUCAAGAACCUUGAAAGCAAGGAUGGCCAGACACUCUUCGUCAUACUAUAUCGAUCGUGGUCCCACAAUGCGGUUGCGACUUUUGCUCUUUGCCUGCUCGCGCAGGCUUACGAACCUGCUUGCAGCUUGCUACAAAUCUUCGCCGAGCUUGAGAUCACGGUCAAUCUGCUGAUCCAGAUCGAUAAGCUUGUUCAGCUGCUCGAAUCGCCCGUCUUCACUUCUCUUCGCCUCCAAUUACUCGAGCCGGAUCGCUAUCCUUACCUCUAUAAGGCGCUGUAUGGUAUCCUGAUGCUGCUGCCUCAGAGUAGCGCCUUUGCUACCCUCCGCAAUCGAUUGUCAGCUGUCAGUAAUCUCGGCUUCCUACAUGCUGCACCGAGAAUAUCAUACACGGCAGCUGGAGCAUCACCACGCCCUCCUGGAGUACGCCGACAAGAUGAGAUCAAAGACGCGAUUCGAUGGCAGGAUUUGCUCUCGCAUUUCCGUGCCGUGCAGACUCGACACGAGCGCGCUCGGCUCCACAUCGUGCAAGGCAGCACUACUGGUAGCACAGAACUCGAGCCUUCAUUCAGCGGCUUGGGCAUACAAAGUCAUCGUGCGGCUGGGUUGCCAAAGCGAAAGCCGCCUCCUCUCAAAGGCCUGGACGCCGAUGCUAGUAGACAAGUGUCACGCUCAGCGCCUACUACCGGUCACCGUAUACAUGCUCGGAUUGACAUCGAGAUCGAUCUUCGGUCUCGUUGUCUACCCAACACUGGCGGUUCCAAGAUGGUCCCUCGUGCGAUGCCUUCAUUCGUUGCGGCAAAGCUAUUGUGCCAGCAUCUGCUAAGAAGGCAAGCCCGUGAGAUCGGGCAAGCAGGUACGGCCCACGAACGGUCACGCACACGCCAUUCCAGACGCCAGCAAGAGGCGCCUGUUGCCAAAUGCGUGCCCGAGCGUAUGGUCACCUCAUGCUCAGCAGGAGAUCUUCGCAGGCUGCCGCCAAAUCGAAGCAAGACUUUUGAUCGAGUUGACCCGAUCUACCAAGAUUGA